AUGUACGGCAAGCUCUCGCAGGCCCGAGAUCUUUGUGAUGUCGUGGGCAUUUGGGCUGUGGAUGGCGGAGGAAUCCAACUAGAAGUGGCCUACUCCUUCGACAUAAACCCUUUGAUCGAAGGCCACUUUGGCAACGGGCCGGAUCGCAUGACUGCGUCGUUGGCCAAGCUGCAAGAGCUGUCCGGCAAGCUCUCGCAGGCCCGAGAUCUUUGUGAUGUCGUGGGCAUUUGGGCAUUUGGGCUGUGGAUGGCGGAGGAAGACCAACAGAAUCAGCAUGACUUUCACAAAUAUUCCGGCCAGGCGGACGAGCGAGCCGCCUCUGCCGAGGCCAAGCUGCAAGAGCUGUCCGCCAAGCACUCGCAGGCUGACGGGCGAGCCGCAGAUGCAGAGGCGAAACUUGAGCUGCUGCAGGCACAGAUGGCGGAGCUGCAGGCGAAAUUGCAGCAGGGCAACGUGCCCACGGAAUGCAGUGAGGAGUCUGUGCGGGAAGCCCUGGCCUUUGCUGCUGGCGCGAACUGCGAAGGAAAGCAUAUCGACUCACUGAUCGGCCAAUUGGGGAAGCACAUCUCCAACUUGGCCAUUUGCUCCCAGGUGUGCGCUGCCCUGGAGAACCUUACAUUUAUUGACGUGGAUAACCAGUCGAGAAUUGUGGAUCUCGGUGGUAUUGAGCUGAUCCUCAAAGUGCUGGAGACGCACGAGGAUGCGGAUGGUGCGCUGUUGCGCCCCGUUGUAGAUUCUCUCUGGAACCUGACCUUCAAUGUGAAGGCAGUCGAGUGGGCCAGGGCGACAGGCGGUGCCCGCCGUGUUGCAUCGGUCCUCGCCAAGAAUUUGGCAACUCCGGACGUGCUGGGUGGAGUCUGUGCAGUCUUGCUCAACCUAGCCGUUGUCGACGAAAACCGCCACCAGAUUGUGCAG